AUGACAGGGUUGUUUCGAACUUUUUCUCGUGGCGCAUCUUGUCCAAUGGCCGCUGUUUUAAAGAUUGUAUCUGCAAUUGAUUUGGUUAAACAUGGUAUUAAACGUUACAAUGUAAUUCAAUAUGUUCAUGACAAUGUGGAACAGCAUUACCGUUCAAAACGUUCUACCGAUGAAUAUAAGUUUAACCCAAAACGUAUCUUAACCCUUGAAUUAUUCGACAAAAAUAUUACUCUUAUUCUCAAACAGAAUGAUGAAUUUUUAGCAACAAAUUCCAUUCACUUAGGCGAUGAGCAUGUGCCAUUCGAUUCGUCAAUACUCUACGAAGGAUACGUUGAUGGUUAUCCUUCUACGUCAUAUGUGAUAGGUGGUUUUUACUCAUCUUGGUUUGACGGUGUUAUUAAAUACUCGAAUGAAACAUAUCACAUUGAACCAAGUAUAAAAUAUUCAAAAUCUAUUCCCGGUGUAUCAAUUAUUUAUAAUGCGUUGGAUGUAAUCAAGCCCGAUAAAAGAUCAUUUCGAUCUAAACGUUAUGUUUUCAACGAAGAACAUGAUAGUUCAUCCUUUUGUGGUUUAAAUAACAAACGUAGAGAACAAAUGAACGUUGAAGCACAACGAUUGAAAACACAUCACACCAGUUCAACAACAUUGAAUAAUGAUGAUGAUCAAAAUGAUAAUGAUUUUAAAUCACGUUAUACCAGUCGAUCAAAAAGAAGUAGUAAUUCUGAGAAAACAUGUUGUUAUAUUUACAUAAGAGUGGAUCCUACACUAUGGGAUAUUAUAUAUAAAAAUGAAGGUUUAAAUGAUAAAGAACCAACAAUUCAUGCUAUCGUGACAUUUUUAUAUCGUACGGUGACCGCUGCUAAUGCACUUUAUCGAACGCUCAAAUUUGAAUCAAAUGGUGAAACGUUGCAUCGAUUUACAAUUCGUAUCAAACGGAUUCGAAUACUUACUCCUACUGAUUGUUUGGCUAAAAACUUGAGUAUAUCUGAAACGAAUAUUUGUCGUUCAUACUUGGAUUCAAAUGUUCUUUUAACAUGGCAUUCGGCUGAAGAUUUUCAAGAAUAUUGCUUAGCCUAUAUAUUUGCUGCGCGUGAUUUUGGUGAUGGAACAUUGGGACUAGCAUGGAUGGGUAGUGUAGCAUCAAACAGUCGCGGUGGUAUUUGUGAACAACCAGCUCGGGACAUUUACGAAGGUGAACGAGUAUUAAAAACACUUAAUACGGGAAUGGUGACGAUAAUUAAUCAUAACACAAGAACAUCAUCAUUAAUGACAGAAUUAACAUUUGCGCAUGAAGUUGGUCACAAUUUGGGAGCAGAGCAUGACGACGAAAAAUGUGGUGGUGACUCAACUCAUGGUCAUUAUAUCAUGUAUCGACGUGCGACAACAGGACUGGAAGAUAACAACAAUAAAUUUUCAAACUGUAGUAUGGAAAAAAUGGGUCCUGUGAUGAUUGCUGUUAAAUUGGGAAAAGAGAAAAAAAAUUGUCUUACUGAAUGUACACAAGUUGGUUAUUGUGGAAAUCGAAAUGUUGAAGACGAUGAAGAAUGUGAUUGUGGCUUCACUGACGAAUGUACAGAUAAAUGUUGUUAUCCGGCUGGCGGUCCAAACGCAAAACUUGGAUGCAGAUUAAGAUCAGGAUCACUUUGCAGUCCUUCAAAGGGUCCCUGUUGUUCUGAUGAUUGUACAUUUCAAACUAACACACACAUAUGUCAUAGAGACACGACAAAUCAAGAAUGUAUUGGAAAUGUUAGAUGCGAUGGUAUCCGCGCAACUUGUCCAAUGAAUGAUACAAAGUUUUUCAAAUCAGAGAAUACACCAUGCAAUCAGAAUACAGCGUUGUGCGAAAAAGGGCAAUGUACAAAGUCGAUUUGUACUUUAAUUAAUCGAACAGAGUGCACUCUGACCAUUUCAAAUGUUGCUGAACCUCUUCGACAACGUGGCAUCGACCGUGAAUAUUUAUGCCAUAUUGGCUGUCUCGAUGCACGGACAAAUACGUGUGUUGAUACGUUAACACUUGGUAUGCGGAAUAAUGCGACAAUAGGUGGUUUAGGAUACAAACAUCGGCCAGGUCAUGCAUGUGCUGGAACCACUGGUUACUGCGAUGUAUUCGGGAAAUGUCGAGCAGUUGAUGCUGAUGGACCAUUAACUCGACUGAAAAAUAUGUUAUUAAACGAAGAAAAUAUUAGAACAUUCACACAAUCAGUUAAAGCACGUGCUCGCACAAAUGCUUUUGUAUCUUCUCCACCGUUGCCAAUGUCGAAUGGUGAACAUUUAAAUUUGCAGUCUCGCUUAUUUGUUAGACAAUCAUCGUCAAAUAAUAAUCAUGAUCGUUUACAUCAUCAUAUGACUAAUACGGCACAUUUGUAA